AUGAUCUUUUCCUUUCAACAGGUCAGGGAGAAGGUACAUGAGGAAAAUCAAGAGUUGUUCAUGACAUUCAUUGACCUUACUAAGGCCUUCAACACUGUCAACUGGCAAGCACUAUGGAAAGUUCUGGAAAAGCUUGGUGUACCUGACAAGAUGUUGAAUGUUAUCAUCUCCUUUCAUGAGAGAAUGAAGGCUGCUGUCAUGUCCGGAGGGGGAUCUUCAGCUUCCUUUAAUAUUACAAAUGGCACAAAGCAAGGUUGUGUUUUGGCCUCUGUUUUGUUUGCACUCUUUUCAGUGAUGCUGAGUUAUGCUUUUGACAACAUACAAAGUGGUGUCAAAUUCCAGUUUCGAACAAGUGGUGACUAUUCAAUCAUCAGCGUUUCAAACUCAUUCUUACAAUUUGAUAAAUUGGAUGGGGAUGAACAAUUACAAAUUGCUAAAGUUGCAUCAUCUAGAACUGCUAACUCAACCACUGGCUACAGUAUCAGAAAAUUCAUAAUGAGUUCAUCUUUUGGUCUCCAGACAUGA